AUGACGUUCACGUGCGCGGCCGCUCUCUUCGCUGGAUUGGCUCUCGCUUCGUCGGCUGCUGAAAACCCGCCUCUUGGUGCGAACUCGCCACGAAAAGUCACUGCGGCUGACUACGCGUUCCUCGAAACGAGUCUGAGCACCUCAAAAGCCUACAAAAAGGACGUGGUCAGCCGAAUCUGCUUCACCGAUGUUGUCAAACUGGAGAAGCAGGUCAUGAGUGGAACGAGGUACAAGUUUCAAGUGAGGGGCUGCCCUGUGACCUCCUUCGUCGAACUGGGCGCCUGCCGCGACAGCAACUGUGAGGCCUCUGUCUACGACGUCGUCAUCUUCUCGCAGCCGUGGACGAGCACGCUCGAUGUGACGUCGAUCACGGAGGUAUCGUAA